CUUUUUCCUGCCUGGGGAGAGAAAAAGACACAAACAGAGAGAGAGAGAGAGAAAUGAUUAAAACCAAAUCAAACAACUUUUAAGAUGACUUGGAGCGGUGUGGUCUUGUACUUGUUCUCUUUUCAACCGGAGGCCCAUUUGGAAAGCAUCGACACUGAAAAGGACUAUCAUCAUUGAACAUCCUGAGUCCCUGCUGACUUUGUAUUUUUACUUCAAGUUGACUGCAAGAAAAGACAUGAGGGUGCAAACUUUCUCAAGAGCACAGAUCCUGCAGGAGUUUAAUUCACACUGCCAGGCACUUGCUGGCAAUGACAGGAGAGGCUUUAAGCAGGAGUUCGAGGACCUGAGUGAAGUCGGCAAAGACCUCCCUACCAGAGUGGGGGAAUCAGAUGCUAACAGAGAAAAGAACAGAUACCCCCACAUUCUGCCAUAUGACCACUGUCGGGUGAGGCUGUCCAUUCAACACUCCUAUCCACACUCCGACUACAUCAACGCAAGUUUUGUGCCUGGUGGAGGAUCAGAAAGAGACUUCAUCUGCACCCAGGGUCCACUGCACAACACCACGGCUGACUUCUGGAGGAUGGUGUGGGAGCAAAACGUCAGGAUAAUUGUCAUGGUGACAGCUCUGAGACACAAGGACAUAGUGCUGUGUCACAAAUACUGGCCUCUGGAACGAGGGACAGUUUAUCAUGGACUGAUCCAAGUGACGACAGUGACCCGCAAACAAGGUCCAGACUAUUUUAUCACCACCAUUAACCUCAGACAGAGAGACUGUCCAACAGACAGGAUUAUCACACACUACUCCUACCCUACCUGGCCAGACCAGGGCGUCCCCAAAGAACCUUCAUCACUAUGUGCCUUCACUGAGUAUGUGCGGCAACAUUUGGAGGCCAUUCCACGCCUGGGGCCGGCUGUGGUGCACUGCAGUGCAGGUGUUGGGCGAUCAGGGACGUUUGUGACACUGUUGUGGCUGAUGCAGCUGUGUGCGAGGGGCAUCCGGCCUGAUAUCCGAGCUGCUGUGGAGGAUUUACGGCUACAUCGAAUGUGGAUGGUCCAGAAUCUGGAACAGUACAUAUUUGUUCAUCAGUGUCUUCAGUACUGGCUCAGUGGAGGAACCUCAGCAUGCAGCCCCCAGAUUCAGGGUGCCACUUCAAACAUUAACCACACUAAGGAUCGACAUCACAGCUCCUCAGGACCCAGAGACCGAACAGGGAGGAGAAGACAUCACCACCACAGACAGAAACCUCCAUCAGACCAACCACAGAACACAAUGCAGCAGAUUUUACACCCUGGAAACCUGUUCAGGAGGUUGCGGCCUUCCUCAUCACUGUUUAAUCCGGGAUCACACACCUCCUGAACUCACAUGAACUCACAUACUUUAAGCUGAUGAUACAAAACACAAGCAAGACAUUGCCGUAAGGUCUGUCAUACCUGACGCAGAAGAAUAGAGACCGCAGAAAUAAUGUGAUGCAGUAGUAUGACGACAAGCCCUGCAGGCGGAAAACUGGCCUGACAACAUGCAAAUAAAUGCUGGUGAAGAAACUACACACGCAGCAGUAUGUACUGUUACCAGGAGUAAAAAUUAGGGAGAUAACCUGCCAUUCAGGUCAAACCUGUUCCUCUAAUAGCCUGUGAAUUACUUGCCGCAAGAUCCAUUAGAACAAUGAGACCUGAGUACGCAAUUUAACACAGAGUGCAAGCACAUCUGUCAGCAGGUUACCUUUCAGGAAACACUCUUCAUGUUAAGGGACAGGUUCACAAUCUUUCAAGCCUGUCUUAAAAACAGUCAGGUGCCCAAAUACACAUUGAAAUAGG